AUGGCUACGUCUCCCUUCCCCCUCGCCGCACCCCAAGGACCCGAGGAGCCCCACUAUGGUCCCGACCUCGCCGUCCGCCUCAUCUGUCCGGACUGCAGGGACCCUUGCCCUAACAUCGUGGAGGAAUUUGCGAGCGGGGACCUGGUAUGCGGGAACUGCGGGCUUGUCUUGGGCGAUCGUAUAGUCGACACACGCAGCGAGUGGCGCACGUUCGCCAACGACGAGGGCGACAACCCAUCCCGUGUUGGCGCAGCUUCGGACCCACUACUCGAUGGCAUGGACCAAUUUGACACCGUCAUUGGUUUCAAGGAUGGCGGCUCCGGCUUAGCCAGCGACCUGCAACGCGCCACUUUUCGCGCGAAGGAAUCUUCGGGGUCCGCGCGUCUCUUCUCCGCCUUCCGCGACAUCGCGGAAAUGUGCGACCAGCUCUCCUUGACCAAGACCGUCUUGGAUACGGCCAAGAUCCUGUACAAGAAAUGCGACGAGCAGAAGAUCUUCCGUGGAAAAGCAAAAGCAAAGGAGGCUUCGAUCGCGGCUUGUGUCUUCGUCGCUUGCCGACAUGCAGGCGUAUCGAGGACGUUCCAGGAGAUGUGUCAGCUUACCGGAGUUACCAAGAAGGCGCUGGGGAACAGCUUCAAGGCCGUCAGUAAGACGUUCAACCUGCAGGCGAACGCAGAUGGGCCGCAAGCUAGGCCGGAGGAGCUGCUCGUGCGGUACUGCAACCAUCUCGCUAUGCCGCCGUACACCGAGGGGUACUGCAAGUACGUCAUCGCCACUGCGCGCGAGCUCGGGAUAGCUGAGGGGCGCAGCCCCAUCACAAUUGUUGGCGCUGCUAUCUUCUUCAUCUGUCAGUUGCUCGGCAUACAGAAGGACUUCAAGGACAUUAUCCAGGUCGCAGGUUCGUCGGGCGAAACGAUCCGUUUGAUGUACAACCUGUACUUGGCGGAGAAGACGAAGCUCGUGAAGAAGGAAUGGCUGGAAAAUGGCAGGGCGAAGAUGGAGAGGCUCCGCAUCGCUUGA